AUGAAUCGCUUGUACAUCCUUUUCGCCUUCCUAUUCGCUUCUGCGCAGUGGUCCGAGGCGAGCAGUGAAUUUUACCACGAACAUGGACAUGGUCACGGACACGGGCAUGAAUUUCCUGGUGGGCAUUUUCCUGCAGUUGCAGCGGCAGCUCCUCUAUUCUAUGGGUACGGGUAUCCAUACGCCUACGGACUCAUCCCAUUCAAGAACCGCAAGAAGGCAGCGCAGAAGAAGAAGAGUUCUCACAAGGUCUAG